CUUGAAACGUCAAAGGUAAACGUUCCCGUUGCUGCUGUUGCGAGGUAACCCAGUGCCGAUCACAGGGUGAUCACGCGAUCGAAAACGAGCAGCCACCAUGUUUCUCAGUCCAUUUCAGAUACUUCUGAACGAGCUAAAUCAUGAAUUGAACGAGAAAAAUCUACAAAGUUUAAUACACAUUUGUGGAGAUCGCAUUCCAGGCGCCCAAAAGGAGCGAAUCGCCAGUGGAUGGGAAUUAUUCAGCAUUCUACGCCAGCAAAACAUCAUCGGCAGCGAACCGGAAAAGAUCGGCGGCUUGCUCGAGAUUAUCCAAGCACUGAGGCCCAAGAGGAAAGAUUUAGUCUACAAAAUCAAGCAGUUCAUUCAAUCACGCUAUGAAAAUUCAGAGGCAAUAUUGAAAGAUUUCGAUUCAAGUUCCGAUAACCACCGACCACUCCAAUUUCCGCCGUAUGGAGUUCCGAGCCCGAGCAGGCCGACCACUCCAGUGGAACAAGAAGACUGCUGUCGUUUGCGUUGUUGUGGUUGCGCCUGCAGUUGCAAUCCAUCUUGUAAUCCAUGUUUCUGCUGCGGAAUUCUAGUCGUAUUGUUCUCUAUUCUGAUCGUUUUCUGUACACUGGCUUGGUACUAUAAAGUUCCUGAGGUUACGAAAUAUUUGGACAAAAAAGAAGAUUUAAGAGAUAGUGGUCCAUAUGUUAUUGCUGGUAUUGGACUGCUCGUUGUUUCUAGCCUUGGAUGUUUACUUUACAUCAAAAUUUACAGACCAAGGAGGGAACAUACCUACUCAGUGCUCCCACACAGCUUCCCGGAGACAACGAGUACUCGAGCUACCUAUGCUUCAUCGGAAUGUACACAUCUAACUGACGGCUCGGCAACUUCGGAAAGACGGAUAGAUCGCACCAGACGAUGUUCUUGCUGUUCCGGCCAUUUAACACAGUAUACAGUGUCCAGUUCUCUAGCUUCCAGAACCUCAGCCCGCCUCCCACAGCUCGCAGACCAAUCUGAUACUACUACAGAUGGUCCGCAGCUACACGCACUGUUUUUCAGUCAAGAUGUAGCUCAUGAAGAAGGCGAGUUUGGAGAGGUGUAAUCUCUGCUGCUAUGUUUUCUAACUUGAUCGCAGAGUGUUCACAGCGCUCUGUUUUCUCGUGGAUCGUGUAACGCUCGAAACGAAUCAGGACAGAGUUGUGCAAAGCGAGUGAAAAAGCAUGCAUCGAUGGGCUUCGGAUGCGAAGGUUUUCAGGUUCUUAUUUUCUUUUCACCUCAGUCCUCGCUGCGCCUGAUGGUGUAUUAGAGCGCCUUGAGCAGUUUCCUGGGACAGACUUGUUGAAAACAUUCUGAACUUACUCGUGUCAGUUGUUAGAAGUACUUUGAUUUGUUUUCAUUUUUUGAACGAAAUUUUUAGAGGGCUUUUAAUAGGUUGUACAUAUUUAUAACCACGGACAGUGUUGCUUCAGGACUGAAAGCCUAUAGCACUAGAUGCGUCUAGUUCUUUUCAUACCGCCAUAACAUCUCGUGCUCCCUUGCCAACCGCGUUGGCUGGGGACGAGGUAGGAUUCAACCGCAUCCCGUAUCCCGCGGGCAAAGCUUAUAAAAGCCGCUGAUCAUUUACCUGAUAUUGAGCCGUGAAUAAUUUGACCUCGCAUUCGUGUCACAUAAUUGGUACCUAAGUAACGCAAGCCUUUGUCACGAUGAAAAGGGAAGUCCGUCAAAAUUGUGAUAUUAGAUAAGUGAACCGAAGUUUUUUAACCUAAACACUAAACCUUAAAAGCUUUAGUGUUUAGGUUUCUUUCUCUAUUCUGAUGAAAACAUAAUUGUGAAAUUUUCAGUAGACAAUCGUGGACGAUACUCCUACUCUUGUACGUUGGAUCAGCGAUGAUCUGAUCGGCCCAAA